AUGGAGUGCGGACUACUCCAAGCUCCCUCGGCUACGGAAUCCAGAUUCGUAGAUCAGUACAAUGCCCUCGAUUACACCUCGCGCCUCGAAUCCCUCCGCCGCGUCCAAGGCGCUAAUAAGCGACCCUUGACGCUCUCCGAAAAACUCCUCUACAGCCACUUAAUCCACGACAAUGACGAUUGGGUACUCGACCAAAUAGAGCGAGGAAAGACAAUCCUCCGCCUACGGCCCGACCGUGUUGCUUGCCACGAUGCGACAGCGACAAUGGCUCUUCUUCAAUUCAUCAGCGCAGGCCUGCCACGCGUUCAAGUACCAACAUCGGUACACAGUGAUCAUCUCAUUGUCGCAGAGUACGGGUCCGAAAAAGACCUCCAGCGAGCUGCGGGUGAUCAUCGCGAGGUCUAUGCUUUUCUGAGUAGUGCUGCCAAGAAAUAUGGUAUUGGGUAUUGGAAACCCGGUGCGGGUAUUAUUCACACUACUAUCUUUGAGAACUACGCUUUUCCGGGUGGUUUGUUCAUUGGGACAGACUCUCAUACCCCCAAUGCUGGAGGAAUGGGAGUUCUCGGUAUCGGAGUUGGCGGCUCCGAUGCUGUGGAUGCUAUGGCUGGAAUGCCAUGGGAACUUGUCUGCCCCAAGGUCUUGGGCGUUCGUCUGACAGGACGCUUAUCGGGCUGGGCCUCUUCCAAGGACAUCAUUUGCAAGCUUGCCGGCAUAUUGACCGUCUCCGGUGGAAAGGGCAAGGUCAUCGAGUUCUUUGGUCCAGGCGCUGAGACAUUGGGAGCCACGGCCAUGGCCACUGUUUGCAACAUGUCAGCUGAGGUCGGAUCAACUUCGUGUAUCUUCCCUUACUCGCAGGCCAUGGCACGGUAUCUUACAGUGACUAAGCGAGGAGACAUCGCUCGCUACGCUGACGGUUUCACUGAGACAUUGCUUACUGCCGACCGUGGCAGUGAGGACUAUUACGAUGAGGUCAUUGAGAUCGAUCUCUCAACGCUUGAACCUCACAUCAACGGCCCCUUCACUCCAGACCUCUCACAUCCUUUGUCCCAGUUCAAGACACGAGUUCAGGAGAGCUCCUGGCCCUCCAAGAUCAGUCAUAGUAUGGUAGGCAGCUGCACCAAUAGCUCUUACGAGGAUCUCGAAAAGGUCCACGACCUGGUCCAACAAGCCAAGAAGGCAGGUAUCGAGCGGCCCAGAACACCCUUCAUGGUGAGCCCCGGUAGUGAGCAGAUUCGUGCAACUGCGGAGGUGAGUGGCAUCUUACCGAGUCUGAGAGAGGCUGGAGCUGUCGUCCUCAGCAACUCUUGUGGACCGUGCGUUGGGCAAUGGGACAGGAAGGAUGUUGACGUUGCUGGAGCUGAGAACAACUCUGUUAUCUCUAGCUUCAAUCGCAAUUUCACUGGUCGUCAUGAUGGAAACCCCGCUACGCAUUCUUUCGUCACAUCCCCCGAGAUCGCAACUGCUUUUGCUUACUCUGGUGAUCUAUCCUUCAAUCCCAUGCUUGAUGCCAUUCCCAUCGACGAGUCGGGUACCUCUACCUUCCGAUUUACCCCUCCCGUCGCCAACGAGCUCCCUGGAAGCUUUGUAGCUGGUAGUGAUCUCUUCCAGCCACCUGUGCUAGAAGAUACGUCAGAUUACAAGGUUAAUAUCGAUGAAGGUAGCGAUCGUCUGGAGCUUCUGACGCCCUUUGAGCCCUGGAAGCCAGGUCAAGCAGAAAACAUGCAAGUCCUCAUCAAAGUCUCUGGAAAGUGUACAACAGACCAUAUUUCUCCCGCAGGACCAUGGUACAAUUAUCGCGGUCAUCUGUCCAACAUUAGUCAUAACAUGCUCCUCGGUGCAACGAACGGGUUCCUCACUAAUGCCAACUCAUUAAGCAUGACUGGCAAAACACGAGAUCCUACAGACGGCACCAUCAAAUUCAUCCACAAAGCAGCACGAAAAAUGAAGAACGCUGGUAUUCGAUGGUGCAUCAUCGGUGAUAACAACUACGGCGAAGGCAGUUCCCGGGAACACGCUGCACUAGAGCCCAGGUUCUUAGGUGGUGUAGCGGUCAUUGCAAAGAGCUUUGCCCGCAUUCACGAGACAAAUUUGAAGAAGCAGGGAAUGUUUCCGUUGACGUUUGCAGACCACUUGGACUAUAAUAAGGUACAGGAGGGUGACGUUAUAAGUUUACUGGAUGUUGAUGGGGAUGCUCUUCAGCCGGAGAAGCAGGUUACAAUGAAGGUGGUGAAUAAAGCUGGUACUGAAUGGACGACGCAGUUGAAUCACUCAUAUCAUGCGCACCAGCUUGCGUGGUUACGAGCUGGAAGUGCGCUCAAUCAUGUUAAGAAGACGAUAUUGGGUAGCUCAGCUUAA